AUGGCUAUUCUCGAUCAGGGUGUUGGUUGGGGAAUAAUUUUGGGAUUCGGUGCCUUCUUUGCUAUUGUAAUGACACUCUUAACAUUGGCCCAAAAACGUUAUCUCCAAGAAUAUCAAACAUCCGAAAUGUUUAUGACGGCUCAUCGUUCUGUAAAAACUGGUCUUGUGGCAUCCGCUGUGGUAUCCUCUUGGACUUGGGCUGCUACACUUUUACAAUCCUCUUCUGUAGCAUAUAAAUAUGGCGUUUCUGGACCUUUUUGGUAUGCUUCUGGUGCUACCAUUCAGGUAUUGCUUUUCGCUAUACUUGCUAUCGAACUCAAAAGAAAAGCACCAAAUGCACAUACCUUCCUUGAAAUUAUUUAUGUCCGUUAUGGAAAAGGAACUCAUAUCGUCUUUCUAUUCUUCGGUAUGGCCACUAAUGUUAUCGUAACUGCUAUGUUGUUACUUGGUGGCUCAGCUGUCGUAAACGCACUCACCGGUGUCGAUACUAUUGCAUCUUGCUUUUUACUUCCGCUUGGUGUAUUGGUUUAUACAUUAUUUGGUGGUCUAAAAGCAACCUUCUUGACAGAUUACGUACACACUAGUGUUAUUUUUAUUAUUAUUCUUUCCUUCUUAUUCACUGUUUACGGCUCAUCGGAUAUGAUCGGAUCUCCACAAAAAAUGUAUGAUUUAUUGGUUCAAGUCUCCGAAACACCUUGUGAUGAAGAGAAAUUCAAAAUCGAUUAUCCGAAUAUUGCGGAAUAUCCAUCAUAUGGGAUCUGUUCUGUAGCGGAAAAUGAACAAGGAUCAUUUGUAACGAUGGCAUCCUUACAAGGCUUAAUCUUCGGUAUUAUCAAUAUUGUUGGUAAUUUUGGAACCGUAUUUGUGGAUAAUGCUUAUUGGCAACGUGCUAUCGCGGCUCGACCUUCUUCAACCGUAAAGGCUUAUUUGAUUGGAGGUUUAUCAUGGUUUUCAAUUCCAUUCACCUUGGCUACAACUAUGGGUAUCGCCGGUGUUGCUCUUGUCGGUGCUGGUAAAUUAGAACCUCUUACAAACGAACAAGUUGAUUCUGGUUUAGUACUUCCAUUUGCUGCUACUGCUCUUCUGGGCAAACCUGGUGCUUUCGCUGUCUUGAUAUUAGUUUUCAUGGCUGUCACUUCUGCCGCUUCGGCUGAACUUAUUGCCGUAUCAUCGAUAUACACUUACGAUAUUUACCGUGCAUAUAUUCACUCUGGUGCUCUUGGGAGACAAGUUAUUCGACAAUCACAUUUUUCUGUUAUUGCCUUCGGUAUACUUAUGGGCGCAUUAGCUACUAUACUUCAUUACAUAAAUAUCAAUUUAGGAUAUAUGUAUUUGCUUAUGGGAAUUAUUUCUUCCCCCGCCGUUAUUCCUGUUGCGUUCACGAUUACAUGGCCAAAACAAAGUGCCCCAGCCGCUAUUUCUGCCGCUUUAAUAGGUGUUGUUUGCGGUAUUACGGCAUGGCUUGUCACAGCUCAAUCUCUAUAUCAUGAACUUACGAUUAAAUCGACUGGUGAAAAUUAUCCCAUGUUGGCUGGAAAUCUAUCUAAAUUGGAAAUUUUAACGGAUGAUGAAGUAGUUGCUAAUGCUAUCCAUGAUGAUCCAAUGGAAAAAGAUCCUGUUAGAUUAAGGGCGGCCUUCAAAUUUGCAGUUAUAAGUUCUGUUGUAUUAACGGUCAUACUGAUUAUAGUAUGGCCGUUACCAAUGUAUUUCUCAAACUAUGUUUUCACGAAACCAUUCUUUACAUUUUGGGUGGCAAUCUCAAUGAUUUGGGCUAUUUGCGCUACCAUUUGUGCCACGAUUUAUCCCGUUUUUGAAUCUAGACGUAGUAUUGGUAAUGUACUCAGCGGAAUGAUAAAAGAUCUCACAGGACAAAAACUUACUCGUAUGGAAGAGAAAAAUUUACAAUCGGAUAUUCCAGCGAUUGAAGAAAAGAUUAAUUAA